CAUUGGCUGCGGCGCGCGGCGGGCCAUGGCGGGGCGCAGCGUGGUGGCCUGGCGCGGCAAGGCCGAGUGGGACCAGGUGAUGGUGGGGCUGUACGGCGGGGACGGCCGGCUGCAGCAGCACGCGCUGGACCGCGUGUCGGCCUGGAAGAGCAGGUAUGGACAGAGAAUGCCUUUAGCUGUGGAUUGCACUACUGAUCUGAUUCGCUGUAAGAUCCUGGAUAUGUCUGGCAAUGUGAGCUCCCACGAGCUGGUCCUUUCCUAUGGUCUAGCCCUGGUGAGGUUUGUGAAUCUCAUCACUGAGCGCAAACAGAAGAUAUUUUACAUUCCUCUGAGAAGACUAGCUAAAGAGAUGAAUAUCCCAGUUUGGGUUGUGGAUCUUCGUCAUGAUCUAACCCACGGGAAGCUGCCCCAGCUAAAUGCAUGCCGAAAAGGAUGUGAUGUUGUGUUGGAGUGGCUCCGAAGAACAUACUGGAGCUGCCAGCUGGGCAAUAAUCUGUCUGGAGAAUGUGAAGAAGAGCAGGAUGAAGAGGCAGAGAUGACAGCAGCAACAGAGACAGAGAUGGACAGUGACACAGAGGAGGCUCAGGACCUGCAACCCCAAGGUUACCUGGAAGACGAGGAGUUUCAUGAGAAGGUCAGAAAUGUGCUGAUAUCCUACAGAAAUCAUCAGUUUGGGGUGUUUCAGGAGUUUCAGCCCUUUGGAAAGGCCGAGAAAGUCUGGUGUAAGCCUUCCUCUGAGGUGGAGUGGAUUUUAGCCCAGAUCAAAGACUUGGUGCAAGAAAACAGGGAUAUGGUAGCUGAAGCACUGCUGGAGGACGGCUUUCUCAUCCCAACGGUGGAGCACCUGGAGACUUUAAAUAUCAAGUGUGAUGAAAACAAAGAAUUGCUGGACAUCCCUCAGAUAUUUUACUGUUUCUGGCAGCCUCUGCUCAAGGGCCUCCAUUCCCAAGACUUUACGCAGUCCUUGAUAGAGAAAAUGUUUGCUAACCUGAAACAGUGCUCCGAAUCUUCAGAACUCCGGUCUCAGUACCUGAUCAACUGGAUUGCUGAACUCUUGACUGCAAGCACCAAAGUUAAAGCCAGGAAGAAAAUGGAAUCCUGUUACCAGCGUCAGAAAAGGAAGCUGUCUCUCCGCAGAAUCCCUUUGCAGUGGCUAAAGCUCAUUGAUAAUUGCUUGGGAGCUCCCUGCUGGGCAACUCCCCACCUCCUUCAGCUGAUUCUCACAGGUAUGGAGCCUCCUUUGCCUUUAGACACUCAGAAAAAUCUUCUUUACCUUUCCUCCAUCUACACUCAAGAAGGAAGUUCCCUCUCCAGUCCAGGUUCUUCUUCAGAUACUAGAGGACAGCCAAUUUAUACAAUUGAGAGCCUACAGUGGAAGGCUAAGCAAGAUAAUCUGGCCAAAGAUCAAGGCCAGAUGGCAGAAAGGCAAGAAACUGUACUGGGUGGAGGCGAAGAUGAAGAGGGGGAGGAGGAAGAUGAGGAGGAAGAAGAGAUGGAAACAGAGUCACCAUCUUUGGAAGAGCUCCUGCAUCCUGUGAACAUGAUGGCUGUAGCUGAGAAAAGGGCUGCACUGCAAGGAUCUGUUUGGCAGAUCAGUUCAGAUGAAGUACAAUGGAAAGACUUCCCUCUUGGGAAACUCCCCGGUCAAGCGGAUGAACCUGAUGGUCUCAUGGUGGAGCAUUAUUCUGUGAUGUCCCUGAUCGAUCAGCCAACGACAAGAGAUGAGAGGCAUUCUCCCAGUAUGAACUCCUCAGAACUGAAUACACCAGUGACCGAAGGAUUAUUAUGGACCCAGAGUGAUCUCCAUAGAAUAAAAAGUGGCCUUCAGCUCUUCUAACCCAACAGUCCCUCCUCGCUUCCAGCAUCAGGCAAGAUAAGUGGCAAACAAGAACACCGAGCUGGUGGUGCUGAUAGUCAAUUUUGGUGGAAAGCAAAUUCCUGAGGGGAGAAUUCGUAAGACUGCUCUUGCCCAUGUAUGGCUACUUUUCUAAGUCGUUACACGCCUAGUAACUCCAGUAUGUUUAACCAGAAAGAUUAAUUUUUUUGCUCCGAUUUUUGUGGAAUAAAUUUACGGCAUUGCUUAGUGCCA